ACAGGUCAGUGACCUCUCCUGACUUGAGGUGCAACAGCAGAUUUUUUUCCAAAAUAUUUGGCGUGAUUCAAAGGAAGAUGAGCGAUUUUUCAGCGUUCUAUCUCUGAAACGUUUCGAGCAAUCACAAAAACAGAUCCUCCUCAAUAUACCGCAAACUCCUGUUCGGUGUUACGGGCUAAACGGUCAUUGCUCGCCCACGUUCCGGACAGCACUGCUUCCGCGUGUUCAUCGAGACACGUGUCUCCUUCGUUGAGGUAUUCGGAGCGGGGGGGGGGGGGGAGGCUCGGAGCCGGCCGGUGGCUGAUCUGAGGCAGCCCCCCCCCCCCACUUCCGGUCGGUUGGAGCGAGCCCCCGGCGCCCCCCGGUCGGCCAGUGGUGCUUUCACUGCUGUCCGCCGCCGCUGAGGCCCGCCGGGUUGUAGGAUGGACGGCAGCAGCGGGACCGGCCCGACCCGACCGGGCCGCGCUGCAGUGACCUGACCGAGUCCGGAACCGGACGCGUCCGGUCUGCCCGGUCCACCGGCCGCCUUCACCGGACACCGGGGGCCUACAUAAGCGCCGGCGGCGUCCAGUCGGCAGUCAGAGCCGCACACCAGCUCAGAGACGGCCGUGGGUGCUCGCCGGCCAGUGCAGACCUCCGAUCGCAGUCCGUUCACACACUCAGCAUGAAGGGAGCCCUGCUCGUACUGCUCGGCGUGGCGGCGGCGGCCGCAACGCCCGCUGCCGACUACUCCAACGAGAUCAGUCUGGAGAUGAGGGAGUCCCAGCUGUUGUCGAUCGUGGAAGGCGUCCGCCAGCUCUCGCUGCUGCUGAGAGAGUCGUGGAACACCGGAUCGCGUGCUGCCCGCGCCUUCACCAGUCAGAUGAAGCCGGCGGACAUGGCCCGCGCCCUGCAGGAGAACGACCCGAUCGAGGUCUCGCUGAAGGCCCUCAGUCUCGACAACGAGAUGUGCCGCAGCCGCAUGAUCUGCGAGCUCCAGACCAAGCUGACCUCCUACAGCAUGGGAGACCUUGUCUACGAGGUUAUCAAGCGCAAGGUGCCCAAGCUGAAGAAGUACGGCGUGGUGACGGCCCGCGACCUGGGCGCCCAGAGCUGCUUCGAGGUGUUCCCGUGCCGCGCCAGCAGCUCACCGCUCAUGGACAACGCGCGCCACCUGCGCAGCCUGGUCGAGGACUUCUGCGACCUCAGCGGCAAGUCCUACACCUCCUCCUUCUGCCGCGGCAUCAAGUUCGCCGUCGACCGGCUCGAGUCCUUGUAAGCGGCUCUGUCGGAGAAGAGGCUGUAGGCUAGGAGAGACGAGUCACUGCAGAGCCGAGGGCGCCGCGCGCUCGACCACUCUGCGGGUAACAUCGCGGGGUCGAGCGAGCUGCCUGGAGACUGGCGGAUCGAGUCGACUCCUCUGUUGUUCAGACGGGUGCAUUUGGUAACAGUCAGUCAGAGUGCUGCCAGAUGUGGCUAGCUGGUGCCUGACGGCGCCCGGUAAGCCCGUCGUGUUGUUGGAAUCUCAUUGUUAUAUUUAUUUCCCCUCACUAUCCACCUCUGCUCAUGUGUUAUAUCUACUGUUGACUACCUUUCACGUCAAGGGACGGUGCCGCAGUCAAACAACAUCGUGUUUGCUAUUGUCCCUGUGUGAAAUGUGUCUUACUAAUGUCAGCAGUGCGCAGUAUGAAUAAAACACAUAAAGA